UGUGCCCCACUCCCUAGUGCACCUCCUUCACCUCCUCAGCCUCUACUUCCCCUCAAGCCACCCCUUUCUCCUCAGCCGGUUUCCCUCUCCUCUGCCCUCAUCCGUCCUUAGUCUCCCAUCCUUCCUCAGCUAGCUCUGGGUUCCUCUUCCCUCACAUCUCCUCCGCGGUCCUCUCUGCGAGACGCACAGGGGCUUUGGGUUUGCUCCUCCCCUUCCCUACCUCCCCGCCUCCUGCGUGGCCGGGGAGGGAGCCGGCCAGCUAGAGUCCGCAACCGUGUGCACUGGUUGCCGCAGGGCCCAGCGAGCAGGUGGAGCUCAGCCUCCCGCGGAGCACUGGGCUGGGACCGCAGUGACGAGGCCCGAGACAUGGCGGCCACGCGCCUCUGAGGCCGCAGAGCCAGAGCCUGACGAUGCAGCUUGGCUGCUGACCCCGAGGAUCCUCGCUGCGGUCAUCCCGCUGCAGUCUUCAUGGUGUAUCCCUCCUCAGCGCUUCCGGCCGUGUAGCAGCCGCUGCCGGCCGGGCCUCGGGGCACUCUGCCUAUUCAUCAGGCACUUUGCAUCUUCACCUCCAUUCCCAUUUGCUUUCCUUCCCCCCUUCUGCCUUCACAUCUGUCUCCGCCACCCCGCUAUGGCCGCAGAAGAGGUGCUGCAAACGGUAGACCACUAUAAGGCUGAAAUAGAGAGGCUGACCAAGGAGCUCUCAGAGACCACCCACGAGAAGAUCCAGGCUGCUGAGUAUGGGCUGGUGGUGCUGGAGGAGAAACUGACGCUCAAGCAACAGUAUGACGAGCUGGAGGCCGAGUAUGACGGCCUCAAACAGGAGCUGGAGCAGCUCAAAGAGGCAUUUGGGCAAUCCUUCUCUACUCAUCGUAAAGUGGCUGAGGAUGGAGAGACUCGGGAGGAAACACUUCUACAAGAGUCUGCAUCCAAGGAAGCUUAUUAUCUAAACAAGAUCUUGGAGAUGCAGAAUGAACUGAAGCAGAGCCGGGCUGUGGUCACAAAUGUCCAGGCAGAAAAUGAGAGGCUCACAGCUGUUGUGCAGGAACUGAAGGAGAACAAUGAGAUGGUGGAGCUACAGAGAAUACGAAUGAAAGAUGAAAUCCGAGAAUAUAAAUUCCGGGAGACCAGACUCCUUCAGGACUAUACAGAACUGGAAGAAGAAAAUAUUACAUUGCAAAAACUGGUGUCCACAUUAAAACAGAACCAGGUUGAGUACGAAGGCUUGAAACAUGAAAUUAAGCGAUUUGAAGAAGAGACGGUGUUACUGAACAGCCAACUGGAAGAUGCCAUCCGACUGAAAGAGAUUGCAGAGCAUCAGUUGGAAGAAGCCCUUGAGACAUUGAAAAAUGAAAGAGAACAAAAGAACAACCUGAGGAAGGAGCUGUCCCAGUACAUCAACCUCAGUGAUAACCACAUCAGCAUCUCGGUAGAUGGGCUCAAGUUUUCUGAGGAUGGGAGCGAGCCAAACAACGACGACAAGAUGAAUGGGCAUAUCCAUGGGCCUCUUGGGAAACUUAAUGGAGACUAUCGUACUCCCACAUCACGGAAAGGAGAAUCCCUACACCCCGUGUCUGACUUAUUCAGUGAGCUGAACAUUUCAGAAAUUCAGAAAUUGAAGCAGCAGCUCAUGCAGGUAGAACGAGAAAAAGCUAUUCUUCUGGCCAACCUCCAGGAGUCACAAACCCAGCUAGAACACACCAAGGGGGCACUGACAGAGCAGCAUGAACGAGUGCAUCGGCUCACAGAGCAUGUCAAUGCCAUGAGGGGCCUGCAGAACAGCAAGGAGCUCAAGGCUGAGCUAGAUUGUGAGAAGAGCCGCAACUCAGCAGAGGAAGCCCACGACUAUGAGGUGGACAUCAAUGGCUUAGAGAUCCUUGAGUGUAAAUAUAGAGUGGCUGUCACUGAGGUCAUUGAUUUGAAAGCAGAAAUUAAGGCCUUAAAGGAGAAAUAUAAUAAAUCUGUAGAAAAUUAUACAGAAGAAAAGACAAAAUAUGAGAGUAAGAUCCAAAUGUAUGAUGAGCAAGUGACAAACCUUGAGAAGACAUCUAAGGAGAGUGGCGAGAAGAUGGCCCACAUGGAGAAGGAGUUGCAAAAGAUGACUGGCAUAGCCAACGAAAAUCACAACACUCUCAAUACAGCCCAGGAUGAGUUGGUGACAUUUAGUGAGGAACUAGCACAGCUUUAUCACCAUGUGUGCUUAUGCAAUAAUGAAACUCCCAACAGGGUCAUGUUGGACUACUAUAGGCAAAGUAGAGUCACCCGAAGUGGAAGCCUAAAGGGGCCUGAUGAUCCUAGGGGGCUUUUGUCUCCAAGAUUAUCCAGGAGGGGUAUUUCAUCCCCAGGAGAAUCAAGGACAUCACCUGAACCAGUUUCAAAAGAAAACACAGAGACUACUAAAGAGCCAAGUCCAACCAAGACUCCCACAAUCUCUCCUGUUAUUACUGCCCCACCUUCAUCUCCAGUUUUGGAUACAAGUGAUAUCCGUAAAGAGCCAAUGAAUAUCUACAACCUCAAUGCCAUAAUCCGGGACCAAAUCAAGCAUCUGCAAAAAGCAGUGGACAGAUCCUUACAGCUGUCUCGUCAAAGGGCAGCAGCGCGAGAAUUGACUCCCAUGAUCGAUAAGGACAAAGAAGCCUUAAUGGAAGAGAUUCUCAAGCUGAAGUCCUUGCUGAGCACCAAGCGGGAGCAGAUUGCCACACUGAGGGCAGUGUUGAAAGCCAAUAAGCAGACAGCUGAAGUGGCUCUAGCUAAUCUGAAGAACAAAUAUGAAAAUGAAAAGGCAAUGGUGACUGAAACAAUGACAAAACUGAGGAAUGAACUGAAGGCUUUGAAAGAAGAUGCUGCAACCUUCUCAUCCCUAAGAGCAAUGUUUGCAACAAGAUGUGAUGAAUAUGUCACACAGUUGGAUGAGAUGCAGAGACAAUUAGCAGCUGCAGAAGAUGAGAAGAAGACUCUAAAUACUUUAUUGCGAAUGGCUAUCCAGCAAAAGCUCGCCCUGACACAGCGGCUGGAGGACUUAGAGUUUGACCAUGAGCAGUCCAGACGCAGCAAAGGCAAACUUGGAAAGAGCAAGAUCGGCAGCCCUAAAGUAAGUGGGGAGACGCCAGCCACUGUGCCUACCAUAGACACUUACCUCCUGCAUAGUCAGGGUCCACAGACACCCACCAUUCGGGUCAGCAGUGGCACUCAGAGGAAAAGACAAUUUUCACCUUCCCUUUGUGAUCAGAGCCGUCCCAGGACUUCAGGGGCUUCCUACCUACAGAAUUUAUUAAGAGUUCCCCCUGAUCCCACCUCCACAGAAUCAUUUCUUCUGAAAGGUUCCCCUUCCAUGAGUGAACUCAUCCAAGGGCAUCGGCUCAGCAAGGAAAAAAGGUUAACCGUGGCUCCACCAGAUUGUCAGCAGCCUGCUGCCUCCGUACCGCCACAGUGCUCACAACUAGCUGGGAGGCAAGACUACCCAACUGUCAGUCUGGACAUUGCCCUCCCUGAGGAGCAGCCACAUUCCAGCUCACAGUGUGCUCCUCUCCACUGUCUCACCAAGCCUCCUUAUCCCUAGUCUUCAUUUCUCAUGGAUGAGUAUCUGGGCUGAAGGUUUUAUAGCCACACUGAGGACACUGCCCGUGAUCUAGCAAGUGUUUUCUUGGAGAUUAGAUGUACAUAUGUAUUACAAUCCAUCAUUUUUGAAGAGGAGAGAGAGAGUUGAGAAGAAUAAAAUGAUGCACUGAACCUCAUGUGAUUAAACAAUUUAUGACUUCUCUGAGUCAUAGAUGACCUGCAAUCAAAUGGCAACAGUUCUCUUGAAAUUUGUAAGAAAUACGUAUCUCAGACAGCUGGCUUUACCUCCAUAGCGUAAAAGAGAUCCAAGACAGUGUAAAAUAAAUAUAUUGUAAAAAUCAUCUUUCCCUAUCUUUCAGAGUCGGCCAUAGAAGUUGAUUUCAAUAUUUUUCAUUGAUACUUUAUAUUUUACUUGCUAUAUGGUUUUGUUUAUAAAGAUAAUUUUUGUAAGCAGAAUUCCUUUGUUUUUAAAUAAUCAUAGUUCGCUUGGUUUAAUUUAGUUUAAAAUCUGGAACUGGCAAGAUUACGAUCCUUCUUGCAAAGAAUUACAAAUGAGGUGCAUUAGAAUGUUGACAAUAACUGUUUUGCUGCUACAUGAAUAUUAGAAAAUAACAUGUAGUUAUUUUCUAAUUCAUACUCCAUUAAUGGCUUUUUUAAAACUAGAGUUCUUCACUGGACAUUUAUUAACAAAAUCUAUGGAAGAGGCAAAGAUAUGAUUCAUUGGUUUAAUCAAGUUUUGUUGGUAUCUUUAAUUUUUGAAAAUUGCAGUUGAGUAGAUAUAUUGGUGCUGCUCCUGUGUGAUUGUGUGUAUGUAUGUGUGUAUGGUCGUGUUAAAAAAGGGCAAAUUGCUUGGAGGAAAGAAACGGUGUGUUUAUUUAAUAACCACAAAAUUUUUAAACUUUUUCCAAAUUUAGGGUCUUACUGUGGGUUUCCCACUAAAAGGGAUCACAAUAAAUGAAAAAAAUAUAUACAUAAAUAGCUGUAAGGUAGCCUUUGGUUGUUAAUUUAUGCAGAAAGUAUAUGUUUUUGUUAUUUGUUUCUUUCACAAUGAAUCUUUUUUGCCAAAAAAAAAGAUAAUGAACCUUAGCUUAUUGUCUACUCUUGACAAACACUCAGGUGCCUACAGUCAUAUUAUAUUGAGAUAAGACAUGUUCCUAUUUAAUUUACAGAUUCUGCUAAGUAACUUUUAUGACUUUAUUUAAUGCAAUAGAAUUUCAUAGAAAAAUUUAAUUUUGCAUUAUUGAGAAAACAAGGACAACAGCUAAUUGAGCUGUAAGGUCUAUCUUGGAUUCCUCAGUUUUCAAGUGCUGCCCACAUAAUUGCGCCUAACCCUGACUCCUUGUCCUGUCAGGUAGCCUUAACUUACACAAAACCAUAAAGGUUUUACUUUUUCAUGUAACAAUAUCUCUAACUCCUCUUCAAAACAAAACUGGUCCUCACUGUCAGAAAAAAUGAUGACUAGUGCUGUAGGAAGACAACAGAGAUUUCAGAGCUGCCCAGCUUGUGGAGCUGAAGGGGUGGCACAUUUGUGAAGGGCUCCAAAGGUCAGCAGUCAGCCACAAGUUUCUUAUAUUCCUGUUGAGUAGCAGUCAUGGUUACCAAAGCAACCCAACAAUUUUAUAUUCCUUAUCUAAAUGAUGUUUUCAUGUCAUUUCUUAUGCAUCUUGGAGUAAUAGUGGAAAAAGUUGCAAAAAUAGGGAUGCAGGUUAAAGUACAGCGACACACAACAAAGAUCCUGAUGGAAGUCCUACCCAGUCAGAUCCCCACAUAGUUGCUCCUGCCUAUGUUGCUUUGUUGUUCCAGCACAUUCUCCUCAUUUACUGGUGUUAAAUCUGCCUGGUGCCAAUAUUAGUGAGACAGUAUGGAUUUUCAUUAGAGUUCAGUUAAAGACAACUUCCUCUGUUUUUUUUUUUCUUUUUCUUGUCACCCUUCCCUAAGCAUGAAUGGUAAUCCAAGAUGUGUCAUAGUUGUUAAGUUGACUUUGACCUGAGGGAUAACAUACCUUUUAAAUAAAUACCCCAGAAUAAGUUCUGUCUUUGAAUUGGGAACCCAACAAUGGAUCUCUUCUCUGUGUAACCACUGUUGACUUAGCUGCACUGUAUUUGUGUACAAAGUUGAUUUCUUCCAAUAUGAAAUUUAUCAAUAAGUCUUUUAUAAACUAGGUUUAUUUUAGUUGUUUAUUUUAACAAAGUAGGAAAUGUAUGUUUUGAAAUAUUAAUUCUAAAAAAUAUUAUUUUUAGCAGAACUUUGCCAAGAAGAUAUAGAAACUUUGAAAUGAAUUUCUUCAGCACAAAAGUAGGUGGUAAUCUCUAAGCAGUAAGAGACUAACGUUUAUUUAUGUUUUACAACAUCACUUAGUAUAGUUUAAACUGAGCCAUAUUUAUAUUUAUUUAUUUACAGACCUUUUCAAUGAAUAAAUGCAUAGUACUGAUAAAAUAAAUAACUGUAAAGAUAUUAGGAUGUCAAAAGAAAGUGAAAAUUUGAUGAAACAAAAACAUGAGUCUAGGUAAAAAUAACUGAAGGUGCAUUUGAUAUUAAAAUAAAAACUUCAGAAACACUACAAAUGCUAAUUGUUGUAAACAUGUCAAAAAAGAUCAAGAUUAGUUAGCAAAGUAACCAACUACUGUAAAAAUUUUCAUUACAUUUCUCUCUCUCUCUCUCUCUCUCUCUCUCUCUCUCUCUCUCUGUAUGUUUGCAUAAGCAUGCAUGUACACACAUGCAUGUCCACAGCACGGGUGAGAAAGUUAGAGGAAAACCUGCAGGAGUUGCUUCUCUCCCACCUAUGUGGAUCCCAAGGAUUGAACUCAGAUUAUCAGGCCUAGUGGAAAGCAUCUUUAUCUGCUGAGCCAUCUUACUGGUCUCCACAUUUUUUUUUAAAAUGAAAGCACAAUUACAAAAUUGAACAGAAGAAUUAGUGCAGAAAUGGUUUCCCACUGAGGAUUUUUCAUUAACACAUAAGAGUAAAACAUAAAGAAGCAAUAAAUUGUGUUUGGCCUAAGUGCUUAGCAGCAUAAAAAACUUUGGAUGCAUAAAUUUUUUAAAUAUCUAAUUCUGGAUUAAAAAUAGAGAGGAGGAGGAAAAAGGAAUUUUGAAAACUUCUAGAAAAUAUGAAUUUAGUAAGGAAUGAAAAAAGAUUUAUUUGGAAGUUAUACUUUAUAUAUACCUAAAGAAGAGGAGGUACAAUAAUGAGGUCCAACAAAAAGAACUUAACAAGUGUCAGAGAGCAGCUAAGAUCCCAUAAGACUAAAUGUGAAGGGUUGGUAGUACCUGUAGGAAAGAGAUUUUUAAUGGUAGAAAAUUAGUAAUUGGAUUAUAAGGAUUUGUUUUUAAAAAUGGGAUGUUACUGGUAGUAUUGUAAGUAGAUGGUUUACAAUAACAUAUUAUUAUAGGAACCCACAAUUCUAUGAUUUUUUUUUGUUUUAAAAUCUAAAAUAUAUUUAAUUUUUACUGAUUGGUCAUGAAAUAUUUUUACUUUUGGACUAGGAUAGAAAUCUUAAUUUUCUAAGGUUUUUCUUUUUUAAACGAGUUCUUCAAAAUUGUCUGGAAUAUAGCAACUUCAGUUUAAAAAAUUUCAGUGUCAGAGUCUUAAAAAUCAAAUAUCCUCAAGAAAAUUUCCUAAGUAGAAGGUAUGCAAUCAGUUAGGUUAGAGGAGACAAAAUUUCUGUCUUUAACAUUGCUUUAUCUAUGCUAUAGAACAUGUUCUUGUACAGAUAAGUCCUUCUCUAUUAAAUAAGCAUGAACAAUUGGUUAUUAAACCAGCUAAGAUAUGGGCAUUCCCUUAUACACUAUAUUGAAUAAAAUCCUCCUUAAUAACCAAGCACAGACUACAAAUAAUGGUAUGAAUAAAUCAAAUAUAUUUUCUACUAUGAUAAAUGUCAAGUUUUAUUAUAUUAGGGUGUGGCUCAGCAAUGGGGUGUUUGCUGGACUUGUGUGAGACCCUGGGUAGCACCCACUGCACCGCAAAGUGUUUCCCUACAUGGAAUGCCGUUCAUUCCAUUUAAGAAUGUCACAAAUGAAUUGAUACUGUACAUAUAACUAAAUUCGUAAAGUUUACAGUGUUUAAAAGUUUUCUUGACUUAAAUUAAAUCAGAUUGAUUUAAAAUAAUCUUUGCACAAAGGCUGCAAAAAUAAUGUUUUCCAAUAAAGCAGAAAGCUGCUGAACUGAAGUCAUGCUAGUCAGUAUGGCCAGUGCAAAUGUUGAGAAAUAAGUAUGUACUUCAAAAUCAGUGUCUAGCUCCUGACUGACCAUUCCUGUUAUCUGUAAUAAUAACCCAAAAUGGGUUGUCUGAAAUUAAAUGCAUCUUUAUGUAAAUGGAAUUUAGCUACCACAGUCCCUGAUACAUUGUAGCAUGGUUCUUUUAUUUAAACACCUGAAAGACUUCAACUGAGACACCUCUUUGGUUUUGUUACUCAAGGUACAAAUUAAUGAGACAAUUUAUACGCUCUUUGAUUUAGGAUUUUUUUCAGAAAUGACUUUAUGAGGAGGCAGAAGCAAUUAACUUCUGUUAUUGUAAGACAAACGUAUAAGAUGUUUGCAUGAAAUAUUUCACAUCAUGUAAGCUUUCCCAUAUUCAUAACAUGUAUUCUACAUAGAAACCUUUCUUGUCUUGUGAUCUCUUCUUUAGGAAUGCAAGGCGUCUGUUACAUGUACUGGGUCUCUUUUCCAUACUGAAAUGCAUGGCUUUAUUCCUCAAGUAUAUUUUUAUAUCUCUCAGCUGGAUUUGUUUUAAGAAUCUGCCACAUCUGAACUGAAGCUUAAAUGACCCACUAAACCAGAUAAUUUCUGAGAUUGGAAUUUAAAUGCUCUACAACAUUUGCUGGGAAUUUAUUUUUAUUUUAGCUAUAUUUCAUAAUCAGCCUUUGCUCAUAACUCUGAGAGCACUGAGAAAUAAAUUUGAUGCUUCUUAGUGUGAAUAUAUGCUUUUCAUUUAAAAACUCAUUUUAAAUAUCAGAAAGGUAUGAAGUUAAGGGAAAUGACACCACUGUGUUGAUAAAUCUUUUUCUUGUAAUGGAGAAAGAGAAGGAAUCAUUGGGGGCACUGGUGGCACACAUCUUUAAUCCCAGCACUCGGGAAGCAGAGGCAGACAGAUCUCUGAGUUCGGGGACAGCCUGGUCUACAGAAGGAAUCAUUGGGUUCAUAACUAUUAUUGUGUAGUAAAUUGGAGGAAAUAUUUUUUAAUGUUAUUGCCACAGAACUUUUAAGCUCAAUGGUUUGACUGUUAGAGUCAAUCAAACAAUUUUUUAAAAAUAUUUUAUGACAUUUUUGUAAUGUAACCCAUGUUUUUAUUUGCAUGGCUGUGCAUAUACGAAGACAUGAUUCUGAUGCUGUGUUUCUUUCCCAUUUAAAUUUGUGUUGUGUGUGACCAAACCUGAUUUCUACACUGUAUGAUUAUUCUUGUAAUGAUUCAGUUAUUCCUACCUUUAUUAUUAUGCUUUGGGAGCAUAAAUGAUGUGAAGUGUUUCUAUCUAGUAAUAAUAAUACCUUGUGAAAACAUGACUAAAACACUAAUUUAAGAAAUGCCUUUCUUGCUAAUUAUUUAAAAACCAAACAUUAGAGACAUUAUCAAAGACACAUGCAUUUUUUUUAAGUUUAGGAGGUUCUUAUGAAUUUAUUGUUUAAUGAUCUUUUUUACUUUUUUUAUUGUAGAUAAUCCCAAGUGAAUUUCACAAGGGAGAAUAUGUAUGGCAUAUCCUUGUUUCUACGAUCUGAUCAUGCACUCGGUAGUUGUGACAGGCACUCUAUUGCUAAAGAAAUAACAGAAUACUAAAACUAUUAUCUUGGUUUAUCUUACCUACUGACCCUAUUGUAAUGCAAAACUUUUUCCAGUAAAUAAACUGAUAAUCUUUUA